AUGGCGGGUAUGACAGUUAGAGACCCUGCGGUGGAUCGUUCUCUACGUUCUGUGUUCAUGGGGAACAUUCCUUAUGAAGCUACUGAAGAGCAGUUGAAGGACAUCUUUUCUGAGGUUGGACCUGUUGUUAGUUUCAGAUUGGUAUAUGAUAGGGAGACAGGAAAGCCAAAGGGUUAUGGCUUCUGUGAAUACAAGACCAAGAGACAGCCCUUAGUGCCAUGCGGAACCUGAAUGGGCGUGAAUUCAGUGGGAGAGCCCUUCGAGUUGACAAUGCUGCUAGUGAAAAGGACAAGGAAGAGCUGAAGAGCCUUGGCACUGGGGCCCCUGUCAUUGAGUCGCCUUAUGGAGAGACCAUCAGUCCUGAGGAUGCCCCUGAGUCUAUUAGCAAAGCAGUUGCCAGCCUUCCACCAGAGCAGAUGUUUGAGCUGAUGAAACAAAUGAAGCUCUGUGUCCAGAAUAGCCCCCAGGAAGCACAGAACACGUUGCUUCAGAGCUCUCAAUUGGCUUAUGCAUUGCUGCAAGUACAGGUAGUGAUGAGAAUUGUGGAUCCGGAGAUUGCCCUGAAAAUUCUGCAUCGCUAGACAAAUAUCCCCACACUGAUUGCAGGCAACCCUCAGCCAGUCCAUGGUGCUGGGCCUGGCUCAGGAUCCAGUGUGUCAAUGAACCAGCAGAAUCCUCAGGCCCCUCAGGCCCAGUCUUUGGGUGGAAUACAUGUCGAUGGUGCACCUCCUUUGAUGCAAGCUUCUAUGCAGGGUGGAGUUCCAGCUCCAGGGCAAAUAACAGCUGUUGUCACAGGACCUGGCCCUGGUUCCUUAGCUCCUG